AUGGCGGCACCCGGGUCUAUGAACAACACGCUGGCGAAAAAGCUCAAGUGGGCGCGAACCGAUCUCGGAUACUCUCCUCUCCACAUCGCUUCGGAGGACGGGCGAACGGAGGACGUGGUGAACCUGUUGGUGUCGAGCGAGGGAAAGGGCACGGAUGAUUUCCAGGGUGGGGGGAAAACAGCGCUGAUGCUUGCAGCCCGCGAAGGCCACGCUCAUGUCGCCCGCGAGCUGCUGAACCAUGGCGCCGACAUCAACAAAAAAAGCGUCAAGUGUGAAAAGACUGCUCUCCAUUUUGCCGCCGGAUGUGGCCAAGACGAAGUUGCCGUUCUUCUCGUGAGGAGGGGAGCGGACGUCGAGACUUGGGACAGCACAAGUGAGAGCGCGCUGCUACUGUCAGCCAAAGGCGGUCACCUGCGUGUCGUCAACACUCUGGUUCUCAGAGGCGCCAGUGUGUGUUGUGACACUGUCGGACUCCUACGUUGUGGCGUAGAGGAAGGAUUCCAUGAGGCGUUCAACAAUGUCUUGGACGGGAACCUACAAGACGGCCUGCCUGAUGGGUAUGAGAGUCGUGGACACUUUCUACAAACCGCCUUGCUCAAGGCAGCAGAAAGCGGCAAUCUUCCUGUUGUCAAGGCCUUGUCGACCAAGGGUGUCGAUCUCGACGGCACGGCAGAAUACCACCCGAGUCAUUCUGACAUUAUUCCUGGCCAGGCGACUGCUCUACACGCUGCUGCAUUCGGAGGACACAACGAUGUAGUUAACUUUCUUCUGGAGAACAGCGUUCGUAUCGACGCAGUGGACGGAAAUAUGAUGACACCGCUGAUAUGUUCCGUGUCGGAAAACCACCUUUGUGUGUCGGCUACCCUUCUCGAAGCCGGUGCCGCCGCAUCAGCAGAAGACCAGACGGGAACGUCAAGCCUUUCAUACGCCGCCGCCUCGUCAUCGUCGGUGGAUAUGGCUCUACUUCUCCUCCGCUACGGGGCAGACGUCAACACUCGCUGUUAUUUAUUCGGCUCUUCCGUCCUGCACAAUGCUUGUACAAAUCGUGACAACACUGAAGCUUUGGUGGAUCUUCUUCUGCGGUGGGGCGCGGAUGAAACUGUAGUGGACUCCUCUGGAAGAACUCCUAUGAAUCAUUUGACUGAGGACAGGUUUACCAGGCACAGCGCAGAAACAAAGGACAAAGUGCGCAAGCUUUUGGUCAACGCCCCCGCCGACAGGACGUGGCGCCGCCGGGGCUGGCUGGUUAUGCUAUGUGAGCGUGAGCGUCGCAAGACAGAGAAAAAAGGUUGCAAGGUGGCGAGGACGGAGGAAGGCAUCGUUUUGGGAGGCAUGGCGGCGUGGCUACUUGCAGUGACGGAUGAGGGAGUGUUGCGCACGGUUGUGGGCUUUCUGUAA